GGCACGGCCGGGCCCCGCCCCCUUCCUGGCGCGAGCUGCUUCCUGACGCGAUUCCCCGCCCCCUCCUGGUUCACGCAGGGAGUCGGGCCCCGAGCCGACGCCGCCACCUGGGCCGCUGCCGCCGCCAUAACCUCGAUUCCCCCAUCUCCCGCCAUGGCCGAGGAGCUCUCCGCGGCCACGUCCUACACCGAAGAUGAUUUUUACUGCCCCGUCUGUCAGGAGGUGCUCAAAACGCCCGUACGGACCGCGGCUUGUCAGCACGUUUUCUGUAGAAAAUGUUUCCUGACUGCAAUGAGAGAAAGCGGAACACAUUGUCCCCUGUGUCGUGGAAAUGUGACUAGAAGAGAGAGAGCAUGUCCUGAACGGGCCUUAGACCUUGAAAAUAUCAUGAGGAGGUUUUCUGGUAGCUGCAGAUGCUGUGCAAAACAGAUUAAAUUCUAUCGCAUGAGACAUCAUUACAAAUCUUGUAAGAAGUACCAAGAUGAAUAUGGUGUUUCUUCUGUCAUUCCAAACUUUCAGAUCUCUCAAGAUUCAGUAGGGAACAGUAAUAGGAGUGAAACAUCCACAUCUGAUAACACAGAAACUUAUCAAGAGAAUACAAGUUCUUCUGGGCAUCCCACCUUUAAAUGUCCCUUGUGUCAAGAAUCAAAUUUUACCAGACAGCGUUUACUGGAUCACUGUAAUAGUAAUCACCUAUUUCAGAUAGUUCCUGUGACAUGUCCUAUUUGUGUGUCUCUUCCUUGGGGAGAUCCUAGCCAGAUUACUAGAAAUUUCGUUAGUCAUCUAAAUCAAAGACAUCAGUUUGAUUAUGGAGAAUUUGUGAAUCUUCAGCUAGAUGAGGAAACCCAGUAUCAAACUGCUGUUGAAGAAUCUUUUCAGGUAAACAUCUGAAGGCUGUAGACGUCUCUGCAUCUUUGUACCUGCAAGUGCCAUCUUUAAGGAGAAAACUACAUGAACUCGCCGUUUCAGUAACUUGAUGUGUAUAUUAAUAAAAGUAAUACAGUCUAUUGUUUUAGUUUUUAAUUGAAAAAUAAAGGUGGGCCAUCUAAAAACUUCAUUCUCUUGAUAAGUUAAAAGAUAAAAGUUAGGACAUUAUCUUUAAAAGCAUUAAAAGGAUUAUUUCAUUAAUGUAAUGGUGAAAAGGGAAUCCCUGUUGUACUUAUCUUUUUAUAUUACAUAUUGAGUUUUUCCUUGCUUUUGAAAUUUGG